GAGGAGGACCAAACCAAAGCAGUCGGGCACGAGUCUCUCCUCUUCUUCUUCUCCUUCUUCGUCUCUUCUCCUCGUCGGAAGCCGCCGCCGUCUCUUCCUAAUACCCUAUACACAAAGCGGAGACCCUCCUAGGGCGGAGACCGAGGCCGGAUUCCUCGUCGCCGAUCCGGACCAUGGACGCCAACUGGCGUCCCACCCAGGGGUCCGACCCGGCGGCCGCCGCGGCCGGGGUUGACCCCAACGCGCCGCCCCCCGCCGGAGGCGACUGGCGCGCCCAGCUCCAGCCGGAGGCACGCAGCAGGAUCGUCAAUAAGAUAAUGGAGACACUGAAGAAGCAUCUGCCAGUAUCAGUGCCUGAGGGACUCAACGAGCUUCAAAAAAUUGCUGUGCGAUUCGAAGAGAAGAUCUAUACCGCUGCCACCAGCCAGUCUGACUACCUGCGGAAGAUUUCUCUGAAAAUGCUCUCUAUGGAGACGAAGACACAGCAGGCUCCUGGAAAUGCUCAAGUGAUUCAAAAUCAAAACAACCCUGGUGCAGCUUCUGGACUCCCUCCACAAGGCAGUAAUCAAGCACAGACAUCAGCAAUCCCCUUGAUGUCGCAGCAACAGUCCCGUCAACCAAAUACUUCUGCAUCUGUACAAACUUCUUCGCUCACUAGUAUCGGACAGAGCUUACCAGGUGCUAACCAAGCAUCAUUGCAGCAGAAUGUGUCAGUUAUGCCACAGAACACAAUGAAUAAUGGCUUGGCACAAGGCAAUUCACAAGAUAUUUAUGUUGCACAAAGGCAAAUGGCAGGAAGGCAGCAACAGCAACAACAAUCGCAGAACCAAUUAAUUUAUCAGCAGCAGCAGCAAAUAUUGAUGAAGCAGAAAUUGCAGCAGAAUUCACUUAUGCAACCCCAUAUUCAGCAGCAGCAAUCUUUGUUGCAGCCAACACAGAUGCAGUCUUCACAGCAACCCAUGAUGGCCAUGCAGUCAACUAAUCAGAGUGGUAUUCAACAGAAUCCGUUGAAUUCCGUACAACAAUCUGUUCAGUCAUUACUCCAGCAACCUCAGCAAUCUGUUACGAGACAGCAGCAACAAACACAAUCCUCCAUGCAUCAACAGCCUUCUCUGCAGCAGGCUCAGCAAACUCAGCAGCCCAACAUUUCUUUGCAACAACAACAGCAGCAGGUGAUGGGACAGCAGCCGAACUUGCAACAAAAUCAGCUAAUUGGUCAACAGAGUGGUGCUGUGGAGAUGCAGCAGCAACAAAGGCUACCAGUUCAGUCAAAUAAUCUUUUGAACAUGCAGCAAACACAGCAGAUGUUGAACCAGCAGUCUAUGCCCUUGCAUCAGCCACAGCAAUUGGCCUCUCAAGCAAACAUGUCAAAUCUACAGCAGCAGCAGCAACAAAAUCAGCAGCAGCAGCAGCUUCUUGGAACCGUGCCUAAUGUUUCAAACGUUCAGCGGAUGCAUAUGCUACAAACAAAGGCUCAGCAACCACAGCAGCAGCAGCAUGGUCAGCAGUCGUCAAUGGGUUUGAUGCAACCUCAGUCUCAACACAGCCAACUUCAGCAAUCACAGCAGCAUCUUAUAUCGCAGUUCCAGUCUCAUCCUAACCAGCUGCAGCAACAAUUGGGGAUGCAGCAGCAACCUUCAAUGCAGCAAAGACUUCAAUCGUCAGCUGGCAUGCUCUUGCAACAAAGCAACAUUGAUCAACACAAGCAAUUUAUUCAGGCACAAAGGGCUCUUCAAGAAGUUUCAUCUAGCACAUCUGCGGAUUCUACUGCUCAAACAGGCGAUUGGCAAGAGGAGAUAUAUCAAAUGAUUAAGAGCUUGAAGGACCUGCACUUUGCAGAACUCAGUGAAAUGUUCAGUAAGAUCUCUGCGAAGCUGCAUCAUGUUGACACCAUGAUACCAGCUCAAAAGUCAUCUGACCACUAUGAAAAGAUGAAGGGCUUUAAAACAUUGUUGGAGCGUAUACUGCAAUUCCUGCAGAUUAGUAAGAGUAACAUCCAACCUGCUUUCCGCGAGAAAGUUCCUCAGUAUGAGAAACAAAUUCUCAGUAUCUUGACUUCACAAAGAAGGAAGCCUUUGCAGCCACAAGGACAGCAACAGUUCCAGCAACCUGCAGGACAAGCCCCUAGUUCCAACAUUUCACAGCAGCAACAGCCUUCCCAAAGUUUGCAGCAGCAUGAUAGUCAUACCAAUCCUCAGGCAAGUUUGUCAAGUAUGAGCACCGGAUUACAGUCGUCUGGUGCAGCUGGUAUCCAGCAUGUACCUGCGCCUCCGGCUACAAACUUUAGUGUUCCAACACAGCAAAAUGGUGCAAGUGUACCACAGGCUGGCUCUGUUUUGGAGAAUGCUCAAGGAAGCAAUUUUAAUUCUUUGCAGCAUGGUUCGAUGGGUGGCACAUUACAACAGGGAAGCACUGGGCCCAUGCAGGGUGCAAUGAAUGCACAACUGCAAGCGAGCAAUAGCAUGUUAUCUCACAACUCAAUGAGUACGAUGCAGCCUAGUGCUAAUUCCAUGCAAGCAAAUUCAAGUUCAUUACAGCAGCUAAAGCAGCAGCAGGACCAUCAAAUGAUGCAGAAUCAGCAAAUGAAGCGUCAUUUGUUUCAACAGUACCAGCAAAAGCAAAUGCUUCAGCAGCAGCUCCCGAUACCGCAACAAUUACAGAAACAGCAGCAAUCCCAGAUGCAGGUUCCACAGCUUCAUGCUGGAAAUGAUGUAAAUGAGUUAAAGCCUAGACAAGGAACUGCAAUGAAACCUGGAAUGUAUCAACAGCACUUGGGGCAACGCAGCUAUCAUCAGCAGUUGAAACAGAGUGGUGCUUUCCCAAUUUCGUCACCACAAAACGUCCAAGCGUCAUCCCCACAAAUUUCUCACCAUUCUCCUCUGGUUGAUCAGCACAACCCGUUGUCAUCUCAAGUUAAGACUGGGACACCAUUGCAUUCAGCUAACUCACCAUUUGUUCCAUCUCCAUCCCCAUCUGUCGCCCCAUCUCCUAUACCAGUGGAUUCGGAUAAACCACUCUCCAAUAUAUCAUCGCUUACUAAUACUGGGCAUGGGCAGGCUGGACAUCAGCAAACAUCCUUAGCGCCACAGUCACAGUCAAUUGCUGUUAACACGCCAGGGAUAUCAGCAUCGCCCUUGCUAGCAGAAUUUACAAGUGCCGAUGGAAGUCAGGGUAACAUGCCAGCUCAAGUUCCAACCAAAUCAAGUGCAGAAAGGCCUGUAGAUCGCCUACUUAAAGCAUUGCGAACUACACAGCGCGAGUCUCUUAAUGCUGCAGUUAGCGACAUACGAUCUGUUGUCAGCAUGAUUGACAGGAUUGCUGGAUCAGCACCUGGUAAUGGCUCUAGAGCUGCUGUGGGUGAAGAUUUAGUUGCUAUGACAAAGUGCCGGUUGCAAGCCAGGAAUUUUAUGACAAAUGAUGGGAGCGGUGCAUCAAAGAAAAUGAAGCGUGACACAAGUGCCAUGCCUCUUAACGUGUCAUCCGGAAGUGUGAAUGAUAGCUUCAGGGAAACAUUUAGUGUGGAUACCCCUGAUCUGCAAUCAACUGCAACCUCACGGGCCAAGCAGCAAAAGGCUGAGGUAAAUCAUGCUCUUAUGGAGGAGAUCCAUGCGAUAAACCAACAGCUCAUAGAUACAGAGCUCAAUGUAUGCGAGGACGAUGCUGAGUCAUUUGCUGCUACAUCUGAAGGAGCAGAGGGGACAGUCAUCAAAUGUACAUAUGCUGCUGUGGCUGUUAGUCCCAGCUUGAAGUCCAUGUUUGCAUCAGCACAGAUGAGUCCAAUUAUGCCGCUGAGGCUGCUCGUUCCUGCUGGCUACCCUAAAUGCUCUCCGGUGUUCCUGGACAAGUUUCCUGAUGAACAAAGAAACUCUGAUGACCUGUCUAGCCAAGCCAGGUCCAAGUUUGGGAUACUGCUGCGGGGUCUAGAUGAGCCCAUGUCAUUGCGAGAGAUCGCGAGGACAUGGGAUGCCUGUGCCCGCAAAGUAAUCGUGGAGUAUGCUCAGAAGACUGGCGGAGGAACCUUCAGCUCGACUUAUGGUCGCUGGGAGAGCUGUGUGGGUGCUUGAAUCGGAUCCUUGUUAUGGUGAAGUUGGCCAUAUCCAAUUCCUGGUGUGGUGAUCGUAAAUUUUAUAUAUAAACCUUAAUUUAAACCAAAAGAUGCUGCCGCGGUUGUAGUCAUGGGAAAUGCUCCCUUUUGUGGUAAUACAUGUGACCAGUUAUUAUAAUUGGUUGUGAAUUGUGGGUAUAUAUAUAUAUAUAUAUAUGGCUUGGAAAUGGCA